UCGACCGACGCCCCGGCCAUCUGGUGGCUGGACCCCGAGCUGACCUAUGGCAACGCCAAGCCCUUCGUCUUCACCCAGGGCCACUCGGUGUGCAACCGCUCCUUCUUCCCCUGCUUCGACACGCCUGCCGUCAAGUGCACCUACUCGGCUGUUGUCAAGGCCCCAUCGGGGGUGCAGGUGCUGAUGAGCGCCACACGGAGCACCUACGUGGAGGAGGAGGGCGUCUACCGCUUCCACAUGGAGCACCCUGUGCCCGCCUACCUCGUGGCCCUCGUGGCCGGGGACCUCCAGCCGGCAGACAUCGGGCCUAGGAGCCGUGUGUGGGCCGAGCCGUGCCUGCUGCCCACGGCUACCAGCAAGCUGUCGGGCGCGGUGGAGCAGUGGCUGAGCGCAGCCGAGCGUCUGUACGGGCCAUACAUGUGGGGCAGGUACGACAUCGUCUUCCUGCCCCCCUCCUUCCCCAUCGUGGCCAUGGAGAACCCCUGCCUCACCUUCAUCAUCUCCUCCAUCCUGGAGAGUGACGAGUUCCUGGUCAUUGAUGUCAUCCACGAGGUGGCCCACAGCUGGUUCGGGAACGCAGUCACCAAUGCCACGUGGGAGGAGAUGUGGUUGAGCGAGGGCCUGGCCACCUAUGCCCAGCGCCGUAUCACCACCGAGACCUACGGGGCUGCCUUCACCUGUCUGGAGACAGCCUUCCGCCUGGAUGCCCUACACAGGCAGAUGAAGCUCCUCGGAGAGGACAGCCCAGUGAGCAAGCUGCAGGUCAAGCUGGAGCCAGGAGUGAAUCCCAGCCACCUGAUGAACCUGUUUACUUACGAGAAGGGUUAUUGCUUCGUGUACUACCUGUCCCAGCUGUGCGGAGACCCCCAGCGCUUUGACGACUUUCUCCGAGCCUAUGUGGAGAAGUACAAGUUCACCAGCGUGGUAGCCCAGGACCUGUUGGACUCCUUCCUGAGCUUCUUCCCAGAGCUGAAGGAGCAAAGCGUGGACUGCCGGGCAGGGCUGGAGUUCGAGCGCUGGCUCAACGCCACAGGCCCACCGCUGGCCGAGCCGGACCUGUCUCAGGGAUCUAGCCUGACCCGGCCGGUGGAGGCCCUCUUCCAGCUGUGGACCGCGGAGCCGCUGGACCAGGCAGCCGCCUCAGCCAGUGCCAUCGACAUCUCCAAGUGGAGGACCUUCCAGACAGCACUCUUCCUGGACCGGCUCCUGGAUGGGUCCCCGCUGCCCCAGGAGGUGGUGAUGAGCCUGUCCAAGUGCUACUCCUCCCUGCUGGACUCGAUGAAUGCCGAGAUCCGCAUCCGCUGGCUUCAGAUUGUGGUCCGCAACGACUACUACCCCGACCUCCACCGGGUCCGGCGGUUCCUCGAGAGCCAGAUGUCCCGCAUGUACACCAUCCCGCUGUACGAGGACCUCUGCACUGGUGCGCUCAAGUCCUUUGCCCUGGAGGUGUUCUACCAGACCCAGGGCCGGCUGCACCCCAGCCUGCGCAGGACCAUCCAGCAGAUCCUUUCCCAGGGCCUGGGCCCCGGCGCCGAGCCCAGCGUGGAGCAGGCCAGUGCCGGGGCGGACUCGGAGGUGGACGCAGACACGCCGGCCCUGUUGCUGGGGGACGAGCCUCCCAGCAGCGCCAUUUCUCUCAGGGACGUCAACGUGUCUGCCUAGCCCUGACCUCCCAGACACCACGAUUGUGCCUUCCGUGGCCCGGGCACGCCGGGACUGUGCCUCGGCUCUGGCCGUGAGCCCGCCCGGGGCGCACGCCCCCUCCUGCGGGCUCUCCCAGGGACCUCCUCGUGGCCGGCGAUGUCCGUGGACCUGGUCUCCCCAGCUCUCUUGCACUGCAGGCCAGAGAGGCCAGCACUCACCACGCCUCCCUGUCUCGACACUGACCGCCGGGCACUGCCCUCAGGGUGACAGCCCCGCAGUCCCCACGGCAGCUGCCACACUGUGCCUUACAUCUGCCGCGACGUCCAGGCUGCACUGUCCCCACGGCGUGCCUGCACCCCGCCCCGGGGGUCGGCAGCCUCAGCUGGCCCCUGGCAGAGGACAAGGACACAGACAUGCCCUUAGCGUAGGGCCAGGGGACACUGAGGAGAGGGUGGACCUCCCUGGGGAGGGGUCCCCGGAAAGCCUUAACCCCUCAGGGAACAUGGGGUCCUGGGCCCCAGGGGAAGUGGGACAGACUGUCUGGUGGCUGUAACACCCCGACAGGGAAGAGGACAGGUGGGGCUGGUGCUCUUUUUAGGCCCACCGUGCCGGCAGGGCCUGGGGGCCCCGGCAGUCCGAGCUGGGCUACCCCGGGGACCACUGUGACAGGGUCACCAUGAUUGCCCCAUUAAACCUCCACUCUGCAAAC